UUAUAUUUCUCUAAAACAUCUCUUUCAAAGUUUCGUCUUUUAGGGUUCCAAAUCAGAUUCGAUCGUAUCGCUCCCUCUCGAUUUUCACACCCACUUUCUUUUUUUGUUCUUCUUCCUUAAUUAUUAUUAUUAAUUUUUUUGGAAAUUUUUUUUUUCUCAUUUAGGGUUUCGAUCUUUUUGUCGUUAACCUCUUUCGCUCUCUGCUUGUUCGAAUCCAAUUCCUGAAAUAGAAUUUUAAUUUUAAUUUUUUUUCAAAUUCGAAGUCGUUUUGGGGUGCUCUAAAAUCUAAACGGUGAGUUUGUGAUUUUUGCCCCAAAAUUUUUUUUUUUUUUUUUUAUCAGGGUUAGGGAUUUUUUUGUUUGUUUGUUUGUUCGUACAAUUUCAUUUCCGAGCUUUGCGUUCUGUUAACUACGAGUUGUAGUGGUAGUAGUAGUUGAUAAUUGAUAAAGCGAGCUGUGUGUUAAAAACAAAAAAAGAAGAAGCAAGAAGAAGAAGAAGAAGAAGAAAGUUGAUUUCUUGGAGGGGCAUUUCUUCGUAAAUUGUUGAGAAAUUCAGGGGUAAAUGUUUUCGCCGAACAUGAAUUCUGUGCCGGAAGAAGCCGCAGUUCCGGGCACAGUGUUAAUCCCAAUGCGGUUCGUUUGGAGACAUGGUGGAAACAGUGUUUUUCUUUGUGGCUCUUUCACACAGUGGGCUCAGCUUGUGCCGAUGUUGCCCGUUGAGAAUUGUGAUAACGUGUUUCAAACUGUUUAUGGCUUAUUGCCUGGAUACCAUCAGUACAAGUUCUAUGUUGAUGGACAAUGGCGAUAUGAUGAAUCUGAACAUCAUGUGACUGGUGAAUAUGGGAUUGUGAACACGCUACAUCUGUCUACGGAUGACAUGGAUGUCGAUACUGAAACCUUUCGGCGUGUGGUCCGAGUUACAGAUGGUACACUGACUGAGGUAGUGCCCAGCAUAUCAGAAACUGAUUUACAGGCAUCCCGUCUACGUAUAUCUGCUUUUUUGACUAAUCACACUGUUUAUGAGUUACUUCCUGAGUCAGGCAAGGUUGUUGCUUUGGAUGUUGAUUUACCAGUGAAGCAAGCAUUCCACAUAUUACAUGAGCAGGGAAUCCCGAUGGCUCCUCUUUGUGACGUCCGCAGGGGGCAGUUUGUUGGAGUUCUUAGUGCAUUCGAUUUUAUUUUAAUAUUAAGAGAGCUUGGGAAUAAUGCGUCAAAUCUGACAGAGGAAGAACUUGAAACACAUACUAUAUCUGCUUGGAAAGAGGGAAAGGCGUAUCUUAACAGACAGAACGAUUGUCAUGGCAGAGCAUUUCGUAGGCGUUUCAUCCAUGCUGGUCCAAAUGAUAAUUUGAACGAUGUUGCUCUCAAGAUACUGCAAAAUGAGGUGGCCACAGUUCCCAUUAUCUAUUCAUCUUCCGAAGACGGAUCGUUUCCACAAUUAUUACAUCUUGCUUCACUUACUGGAAUUCUAAAAUGUAUUUGCCGAUAUUUUAGACAUUCUGCAAGCUCAUUACCUAUCCUCCAACUGCCAAUUUGUUCAAUUCCUGUGGGUACAUGGGCUCCUAAAAUUGGAGAAUCAAAUCGUCAACCGUUAGCAAUGUUGAGACCUAGUGCUUCUCUUCGUUCAGCAUUAAAUUUGUUAGUUCAAGCUCGAGUAAGUUCAAUACCAAUUGUUGAUGACAAUGACUCAUUACUGGAUAUAUAUUGUCGGAGUGAUAUAACAGCAUUGGCUAAAGACAGAGCUUAUACGCAUAUUAAUCUUGAUGAAAUGACAGUUCAUCAGGCAUUGCAGCAGUUGGGUCAAGAUUUAUACUCUGCUUAUGAGCUAAGGAGUCAAAGAUGUCAGAUGUGUUUGCGCUCUGACUCACUCCAUAAAGUUAUGGAGCGAUUGGCAAAUCCAGGUGUCAGACGGCUUGUCAUUGUGGAGGCUGGCAGCAAGCGAGUGGAAGGCAUUGUUUCACUCAGUGACAUUUUCAAGUUCUUGUUUGGCUAAUUCAAAUCAAUGAUUGAUGAUAUAAUUGAAGAGGCUUGUGCAAUCACUUAAGAUUUCCAGAUGUUUAUGGGCAUCAUCACCUGCUCAACUGUUCCAUAGAGACUCAAGUAGUUUACACGAUGACUUGAUCUCGUUUCGCUAAAAUAUACAAUUGGAUUGGCAAUUGGAUUGGCCUCUUGCUUCAACGCCUGCUUUUUUAGGAUUUUAGGCUAAAGAAAGAGGCUGUAAAUUGAGAGCAUUUGAUUCUCUCCCAAAUUUGUUCAUCAUCCCCUGUCCAUAUUGUUAUCAAGUACAUUAUAUCGUUACCUUUAGAUGCAUUUUUAAUGGGGAGCCUGUCGCCUGUAAUAUUUCUAUUCUGCAAUGAAGCAAGUGCAGAAAAGAGUUGGGGAAGAUGAAUACUAAAUGAUUAAAGUUAUGGUGUUAAGCUUCAUUAACCCAUUAAUAUGCAUUGCUUUUCCAAUU